AGCAGCAGCAACAGCAGCAGCAACGCGCGUGGCUGUGCCGGGUCCCCUCCUCCGCCUGCUCUUCGCCAGGUCCCAGCCCUGCACUGUCUCGGUAUAAAAGCGCCGCCGCCUCCCCGCCCUCCCUCACUCGCCCAGCUGCCUGGAGCGCGGUGGUGCCUCUCAGCGAGCGGUUUUUCUGCCGAGGGAGGCGCCUUGGGAACUAAAGCCUCUGGUCCCCUCCCUUCUUUCGCCGCCGCCUGCGGGAAGGAGAGCAAGGAGGAAGGCGCCGAGGAGGUGAAGGAGGAGAGGGGCUUGCCAGGAUGGCGACGGUGGUGGUGGAAGCGGAGUCGGAGCCGUCUUGCAGCCUCCCCAACGCCGUCCCCCCCUCGCCUAGCCUGUCGCACCGCUUCCUCGACAGCAAAUUUUAUCUCCUGGUCGUUAUAGGCGAGCUAGUCACCGAGGAGCAUCUGAGGCGAGCGAUAGCGAAUAUAGAGCGAGGAAUCCGAUCAUGGGACACAAACCUAAUUGAAUGCAACUUGGACCAAGAACUCAAACUUUUUGUGUCCCGUCAUUCAGCUCGAUUCUCUCCUGAUGUGCGAGGUCAGAAAAUCCUUCAUCAUAGAAGUGAUGUCUUAGAAACUGUAGUCUUGAUUAACCCUUCAGAUGAAGCAGUCAGCACUGAGGUGCGUUUAAUGAUCACAGAUGCUGCAAGACACAAACUCCUGGUACUAACUGGGCAGAGCUUUGAAAAUACAGGCGAGCUCAUUCUUCAGUCAGGAUCUUUCUCCUUUCAGAAUUUUAUUGAGAUCUUCACAGAUCAAGAGAUUGGAGAAUUAUUGAGCACCACUCACCCUGCCAACAAAGCCAGCUUAACACUUUUCUGUCCUGAGGAAGGGGACUGGAAAAAUUCAAAUCUUGACAGACACAACCUUCAAGACUUCAUCAACAUUAAACUCAACUCUUCUUCUAUCUUGCCUGAAAUGGAAGGACUUUCAGAGUUCACAGAAUACCUGUCAGAAUCUGUGGAAGUGCCAUCACCUUUUGAUAUUUUGGAGCCACCCACGUCAGGAGGAUUUCUGAAGCUUUCUAAACCCUGCUGUUACAUUUUCCCAGGUGGAAGAGGAGACUCUGCAUUGUUUGCAGUUAAUGGAUUCAACAUGCUUAUUAAUGGGGGAUCAGAAAGAAAAUCUUGCUUCUGGAAACUCAUCCGACACUUGGACAGAGUGGAUUCAAUCUUGCUCACCCACAUUGGAGAUGAUAACCUACCAGGAAUCAACAGUAUGCUACAACGGAAAAUAGCUGAAUUAGAAGAGGAACAGUCACAGGGCUCUACUACUAACAGUGACUGGAUGAAAAAUCUAAUUUCACCUGAUUUAGGGGUUAUAUUUCUCAAUGUUCCUGAAAGCCUAGGAAACCCUGAUCCCAACUUUAGGUUGAAAAGAAGUGUAGAAGAGGCGUGUUUCACACUGCAGUACUUAAAUAAGCUGUCUAUGAAACCAGAACCUCUUUCUAGAAAUGUGGGAAAUACCACUGAUCCCAUCAUCCUUUUUCAAAAAAUGGGAGUAGGAAAGCUUGAGAUGUAUGUGCUCAACCCAGUCAAAAACAGCAAAGAGAUGCAAUAUUUUAUGCAUCAGUGGACUGGUACAAGCAAAGACAGAGCUGAACUGGUGCUGCCAAAUGGUCAAGAAAUAGACAUCCCAGUUUCCUAUUUGACUUCAAUCUCCUCUUUGAUUGUAUGGCAUCCUGCAAACCCUGCAGAAAAAAUAAUCAGAGUCCUUUUCCCAGGAAACAGUACCCAAUAUAGCUUACUAGAUGGACUAGAAAAACUCAAACAUUUAGACUUCCUUAAGCAACCAACAGUAACACAGAAAGACCUAACUGGUAACGCGGCUAGUCCAGCAGUCAAGCAAACAAAACUUAAACAGCGAACAGAGAGUAAGGAAAGUCUCAAGCCUGCCACAAAAUCACUAUCUACCAAGACAGUCAGAAAAGAAUCAAAGGAAGAGACAUCAGAAAUGGGAAAGUCUAGUCCCCCUGAAAAGUCUCAAAAGGUAGAAAGCAAAGAAAAACCCACAGUAAAAAAAGAGAAACCAGUAAAACCUGAGACUAGGCUUUCUGUGACAGAAAAAGAUCUGACAGCUAAGGAACAGCAGCUUGUGAAAUCUGAAACAGCUGAAAAGCAGGCAGCAGAUGUCAAACCAAAAGUAAUAAAAGAGAAGCAUGUGAGAAAGGAAGUGAAAGUAAAAUCUGAGGAAAAGCAAGAGGAGAAAGAAAGGCCAAAGAAAGAUACGCCUAAGAGAGAAGAAAAAAUUCCUACUAAGAAGGAGGAAAAACCUAAAAAGGAUGAUAUCAAGAAAGAUGUAAAAAAAGAAUCUAAAAAGGAAUCCAAGAAAGAAGCUCCCCCAAAAGAAACUAGAAAAGAAGAGAAAAAGGAAACCAAAAAGGAAGAAAAGGAAUCCAAGAAAGAACCCAAGAAGCUUCUUAAGGAAACAAAGAAAACAUCUGCUGCUUUGCCUGACUCAAAAAAGACUUCAACAAAGCCUAAGCUCCAAAAGAAGGAAGAGGCUGUCAAAAAAGAAAGUGGUCUUCUUGGGAAACCAAAGGAAAAAGUUAAAAGCAAGCCUGUGAAGAAAGAGAUCAAGGUCAUAGAAACAGCAGCUGCAGCGGCUGCUCUGGGGGCUGUUGCUGCAUCGGUAGCAGCUGCAGGUGUUGUAGCCACUGGAAAAGAACUUGAAGCUGAGAGAUCACUUAUGUCUUCACCAGAGGAUUUAACAAAAGACUUUGAAGAAUUAAAGGCUGAAGAAGUUGAAGUAGUGAAAGAAACAAAGCCUCAGGUAGAUAUAAUAGAAAAGGAGGGUGAAUUAACCGAUAUAGAACAAAAGGAAGAUUAUGAAGUUCAGAAAGAAAAAACAGGACCUGCUGAUUCUCCAGAUGAAGGCAUAACUACCACAGAACCUGAAGGAGAAUGUGAACAAACUCCUGAAGAGCUGGAGCUUGUUGAUAAGGACAGGGUUGAUGACAAUGAAAAGUUUGAAGAUGAAGGAACAGGUUUUGAAGAAUCUUCUGAGGCAGGUGACUAUGAGGAAAAGGCUGAGACAGAGGAGGCUGAAGAGCAAGUUGAUAAUGAAGAUUCAUCACUAGGCCUCAAAAAGCAAGAUAAGAAAGAUGCAAGAAAAACUGAGAUGACCGAAGAAGAAAUUACUGAAGCACAUGAGUAUGAAAAAAUGAAAGGUUUAAAGUAUGAUGAAAAGGAAGAAUUGAGAGCAGCAGAUGAAGAGAAAGAUGAAGAAAAUGUUGAGAAGGCAGAAACAGAAGAGACUGAGGAAGAUGUUGAGGAGGAAGACAAAACAGAAUAUGUCAGAGAUGAAGAGGAGGAAACGGAAAAAAUAGAAGCUGAAGAGGAUUAUGUUAUGGCUGUAGUGGACAAAGCAGCAGAGGCUGGUGAGAUUGAUGAUAAAUAUGGCUUGCAUAUGACCACUCCACCUAAGCCCUCAGAACUUCAGACUCCAACUAAGGAGCCAGCAUCUUCAAUUCAUGAUGAAACUUUACCUGGCGGUUCAGAAAGUGAAGCAACUGUUUCAGAUGAAGAAAACAGAGAAGACCAGCCUGAGGAAUUCACUGCUACUUCAGGUUAUACCCAGUCCACUAUUGAGAUAUCCAGUGAACCAACUCCAAUGGAUGAAAUGUCAACUCCAAGGGAUGUGAUGAGUGAUGAAACUAAUAAUGAAGAAAGUGAAUCUCCUUCCCAAGAAUAUGUUAACAUUACCAAGUAUGAGUCAGCACUGUACUCUCAAGAUUACACUAGACCUAAACUUUCUCCACUUCCUGAUGCUUUCAAUGGGUUAUCGGAAGGCUCUAAAACAGAUGCCACUGAAGGGAAAGACUAUAAUGUUUCAGCUUCUACCAUUUCACCACCUUCUUCCCUAGAGGAAGAUAAAUUCAGCAAAUCUUCUUUGCAAGAAUUGUACCGCCACCGAGAAACUGAAGUCAAAACUACUAGUAAAUUAGAAAUUUCAGAAGCUUUAGAUGAGAAGUAUAGCCCAACUAAGAGUCUAGAUGAAAGUCCAACCCCUCUAUCACCAAUAGCAAAAACACCUUUAAGUGAACGUAGUGUGAAUUUUUCCCUAACUCCCAAUGAGAUUAAAGUGUCAUCUGAACCUGCAGCUCUCACAGCAUUGCCUGAAAAACAUCAUGAAACUCAUGAAGAACACUGUCCCAGCCCUGAUGAUAAAACUUUAGAAGUUGUGUCCCCUUCACAGUCAGCUGCUGGUAGUGCUGGACACACACCUUAUUAUCAAUCUCCCACAGAUGAAAAAUCAAGUCAGCUUCCAUCUGAAAUGCCUGAAAAAGCAGCAGAAGCACCCAUCUGCUUUGAAGUUAGUGAUGCCAAAGACAGUACUACAAAACACAGAAUAAGCCCAAUGGAUGAACCAGUGCCUGACUCUGAAUCACCUUUUGAAAAAGUGCUCUCACCUUUGCGAAGUCCACCACUGAUAGGCUCAGAGUCUCCCUAUGAUACAUUUUUGAGUGCCCACGUAAAGUCUCCUGCCAGAAAAAUGGAGAGUCCCUCUGAAAAGAAAAGUGAAAAGGAUGACUCUCCACCAAAGAGCCCAGUUUCUGAAGUUACUUUACAAGAAGAACAAGCUGAAAAGAAUGCGCAGUUUGUACCACCCAAAUCUGACUUUAUCCUAGAAAAGAAAAGAGAUGAUUUAGGAACUUCAGAAACUCAGCCUGCGUUGGUUUUGGAUGAAAGGAAGCUAGGAGAUGUUUCUCCUACACAGGUAGAUAUUAGUCAUUUUAGCUGUUUUAAAGAAGACACCAAAAUGUCAAUUUCUGAAGGUACAGUUUCUGAUAAAUCUGCAACUCCUGUUGAUGAAGCUGUAGCAGAAGACACUUACUCACAUAUUGAAGGAGUUGCCUCUGUAUCCACAGCAUCUGUUGCUACUAGUUCAUUCCCAGAACCAACUACUGAUGAUGUUUCUCCUUCACUACAUGCUGAGGUUGGAUCUCCUCAUUCUACUGAAGUGGAUGAUUCUCUUUCUGUAUCGGUUGUUCAAACACCAACAACUUUUCAGGAAACAGAAAUGUCUCCAUCUAAAGAAGAAUGCCCAAGACCCAUGUCCAUUUCUCCCCCAGAUUUCUCCCCUAAAACGGCAAAGUCAAGGACACUUGUUCAAGAUCAUAGGUCUCCUGAACAAUCAACUAUGUCAGUAGAAUUCGGGCAAGAUUCUCCUGAACAGUCUUUGGCAAUGGACUUCAGCAGACAGUCUCCUGAACAUCCCACAACAGGUGCUGCAAUGCACCAUAUAUCUGAAAAUGGACCAACUGAAGUUGAUUAUAGCCCUUCAGACCUUCAAGAACACUCUUUUCCACAUAAACUAUCACCAGUGGAGCAAGCAUGUUUUAGCCACGAAAAGGACAUUUCAGAAAUUAUUUCAGUAUCUCAGAUAGAGGCUUCACCCUCCUCCUCUUCUGCUCAUACGCCAUCCCAGGAAGGUUCUCCACUGCAAGAAGAAACUAUAUCAGGUGUUACACAGCCAAAUGAUAUGCCACUGCAUUCUGCAUUUCCAUCAGAAAAUAUGCAGAGCCUGGGAGAAAAACCUUCACCAAAGUCUGAUUUAUCUCCAUUAACACCUCGGGAAUCUUCUCCAUUAUACUCACCUGGUUUUUCAGAUUCACCUCCAAUGAUGAAAGAAACAGCUGCUGCUUGCCACUCAGCUUCAUUAGCAUUGCACAUGUCCCCAGAGAAAUCAUUUGGUUAUCAUUCCUCACUAGUUCAUGACCCUCUUACAAAACAUACUCAAGAGCUCUUAACCGGCACAGAACAGGAAGAUGCUCACGAAACAACCAGAUCACCUGAAGCUCUUAAUUACUCUUAUAAUACAAGCAGAUCACCUGAAGCAGUUAGUUAUUCCUAUGAAAAGACAGAGAAAGCCACUGAGUCCCCUGAAGCCCUUGAUUAUUCCUACAUCGCAACUGGGAAAACCACAAAGUCACUAGAGGUUGAUAGUUACUCCUAUGAAACAACAGAAAAAGCCACCAAGUCACCAGAAGCCUUUGGUUAUUCCUAUGAGAAAACCACCAGAUCAUCUGAGUCUGUCAGUCACUCCUAUGAGAGCACUGGAAAAACUAGCAAAUCACCUGAUGGUUACACAUUUGAGAGCACUGGGAAAACUAGCAAAUCGCCCGAGACUGUCAGUUACUCCUACGAGAGCACUGGGAAAACUAGCAAAUCACCCGAGACUGUCAGUUACUCCUACGAGAGCACUGGGAAAACUAGCAAAUCACCUGAUGCUGUCAGUUACACAUUUGAGACCACUGGAAAAACUAGCAAAUCACCCGAGACUGUCAGUUACUCAUAUGAGAUAACUGGGAAAACCACCAGAUCACCUGAUACUGCUAGCUACCACUAUGAGGCUGAUAAGUACUUUGCUUCCGAAAAAUCAGAAACCCGUCAAGAUGUUGAUUUAUGCCUAGUUUCUUCCUGUGAAUACAAGCAUCCCAAAACAGAACUUUCACCUUCCUUUAUCAAUCCUAAUCCCUUAGAAUGGUUUGCAAGUGAAGAACAAUCUCAAGAACAAGAAAAACCAUUAACUCAAUCUGGGGGUGCGCAACCACCUUCAGGAGGAAAACAACAAGCGCGGCUGUGUGGUGAAACUCCUCCAACUUCAGUAAGCGAAUCUGCUCCGUCACAGACCGACUCAGAUGUGCCUCCUGAAACAGAAGAGUGCCCUUCUAUUACAGCAGAUGCUAACAUUGACUCAGAAGAUGAAUCUGAAACCAUACCAACGGAUAAAACCAUUACCUAUGAACACAUUGACCCACCACCAGUCCCAAUGCAAGAUCGAAGCCCUUCACCUCGACACCCAGAUGUCUCAAUGGUAGACCCAGAAGCCUUGCCUCUUGAGCAGAACUUAGGAAAGCCUUUGAGGAAGGAUAUUAAAGAAAAGACAAAAACUAAGAAGCAGGGCACGAAAACCAAGUCUUCCUCUCCUGCCAAGAAGAGUGACAGCAAAUCAAAGCAGGUGGCUUCACCAAAGCCUGCUGGCUUGAAGGAAUCAUUGGAUAAAGUUUCAAGAACAGCUUCUCCAAAGAAGAAGGAAUCUGUGGAGAAAGCCACCAAAAAUGUCUCUACUCCAGAAAUAAAAUCUUCCCGCAGCGAGGAGAAAGAUAAGGAAACUAAGAAUGCAACCAAUUCUACAACAUCAAAGUCAGCAAAGACAGCAACUGCAGGACCUGGGAAUGGAAAAACUACAAAAUCUGUAGCUGUGCCCCCAGGGCCCCCCGUGUAUUUGGACCUGGUCUAUAUUCCCAAUCACAGCAAUAGCAAGAAUGUUGAUGUAGAGUUUUUCAAGAGAGUGAGGUCAUCGUACUACGUGGUGAGUGGGAAUGAUCCUGCGGCUGAAGAACCAAGCAGGGCUGUCCUGGACUCUCUGCUAGAGGGCAAGGCUCAGUGGGGAAGCAACAUGCAGGUGACCUUAAUCCCAACCCAUGACUCAGAGGUGAUGAGGGAAUGGUAUCAAGAGACCCAUGAAAAACAACAGGACCUUAACAUCAUGGUUUUGGCAAGCAGCAGCACUGUUGUUAUGCAAGAUGAAUCUUUCCCUGCAUGCAAGAUUGAACUGUAACAUAACAAAGCAAUGCAUCACAACCUUAAACUUUGUUUCCAGAAAUUCUUCGAUUUGAAAACACCUUUUCUAAAAAUGUAAUCCAUCUAAUUCAGCUGCCGAACUAUAUGUACCUGCCAAAUGCUAUACUGUAUCAUAGUGAUGCAAGUCACUAAUCUUUUUUUUUUCUUCAGUCUUUGCUGAUUGCUAAGGGAAAUAACAGUAUUCCCAUUGUAGGGUUCAAAUUACUGCAAAAACUGCAGAUCCAGGUUCAUCUCCGCUGAACACUUGGAAACCAUGCACUAGCAAACACUGCUGACUUCUGCUAGGUAGGGGCCUUUGCCCUUGAGAGAGACACAGGGAGAGGAAGUGAGAGAGAGGGGUAGAGGAGAAUAAAAUCAUUAGUUCUGCAUUACUUUCAAAGCAAUCAAUGUAUUGCUUCCUGCAGUCUGCCAUCACAAAAAAAGAACAGUGUAGGUUUGUAUCAGACUAAGUUAUCAGAAGAGCGGGCAUUUUUAAUUUAGAGACAAAUUCGUUAGACAAUUAAGUGAAACUGAGCGUGGCUUUGAAGGGAUGCAAGAUCCAAAACACUCACUUGCUGUUAGCAACUUCACUUUGAAUGCUUCAUACUCGCAUAACAUAAUUCUCUUAGGCAAUAUAUGCAAGUAGUUUGAACCCCAUUCAGUUUAACAUGCAAACAUGUUGGUCUAAGGCAUUCUCCCAGUGAAAGUCCAUCUAGUCCACUCAAAUUUGACAAACUUGCAUGCUGAAACACCCAAGUCAAGUUUACUGAAGCGAAAUACCAAAGCAGUUGGGAGUAUCUAUGGUAGACAAUUUGCCUUAGAAAGUGACUUGAAUGUACAAAGAUACUUGAUGCACUUAUUUUUUAAUGCAAGAUAGCAAGUUUAUAAAACAUCUGUGUAGGAUUAUAGUUACACCAGUACAGAAGUGUGCGUGUGCAUGUGUGCUACUGGAAACCUUUCUGAUUGGUCGAACAGCAUGGUGCUAUGAAUUAUGUAUGUAAGUUGAACACUUCAUUGGUGCACCUGAACAGCAAGUCUUUUCUGAAAGUUGUUUUCUCCCUCUUUGUUUGUUUUAUGGAAGCAUCACAGAAAGGGUGCCCAAUACCAGAAAUGCUAAACUUAACAAAAACCUGCAGAAUGUUGCUAAAAGUUCCUCUGCAAGUCUGUACAGUGUUUUAAAGCCUUCCUUUGUCUUACAUUAUUUUGACUGUUAAUUUAAGAGUGAAUAUGAGAACAAAUGUACAGAAGAAUUUUUUUAGCGCUGCGCGAACUUUUAAUAGAUAAAUUUUUAAACAAGUUUCGUUUACAGGAAAAUGCAAAGAAAUAAUUCAGGUUAAGGCAAAUUUUUUUAGUAGUUUUGUAAGACAAAUGCGUAAUGUUUGAAGUUUGAAGUUCUGGUGAGAAUGAAAUAUGAUACAGCAGUAACGUAUUUAUUGAACACAGUUAACUGCCAAGUACUGUUUUGCAGGGAGCAUCCUAACGAAUGGUGGUGCGUGUUAGUGAUCAAAGAACUGAGGACUGAGAUGCUAAUUGGCUUCUUUUGACCAAUGGCUGGCAGCCUACAUUGCAGGCUGUCCUGACGUGAGGGCACAAGCAGCCCAAGCAGUUACCUGUGAUAGCAAUAUUUGUCGAGACACCAAUAAAAACAGCUUUUUGAUAGGGAGUCAUGCCAUAGCAUCACCUGUGAUGCUAUGCAAGCUAUUCUGUGGUGCACCCCUCAAAUGGGCCAGUACUGUUACUUAGGCCAGACAAGUUUAUUGGUUGCUCCUUCCUAGGUUUUCCUUUCUCCCAGUAUUGGCUGAAGUAAAAUUAACCCAAGAAUUUUUAUUCUCAAUACUUACAGAUCCCUCCAAUAAUAAAGUCCAGGGCUGUGUGUAUGUUGCAAUUCUGUAAGAGCAAAGAAAAGCUGCACAAUGUGGUACUAGCCACAGAACUCAGCUUCCUGAGAAUUUCAGUUCUCAAAUACAAAUACAGUGCUGAGAAAAUUUUGUGAACCCCUUAGGAUGGUCUGUAUAUUAGCACAAUUCUUAUGCUAAACAUGAUUAGAUCCUAAGCUAAACCCUGAUAAGAGAGAAAGCCAACCCUAUUGAAUGGAGAGGAGAGCUUGUCAUGUGGUAGCAAUCAUGACUUGUCCCCUUAACUAAGCAGGGUUUGCCCUCAUUGCAUUUGAAUGGGAGACUAGAAGUGUGAGCACUGUAAGAUAUUCCCCUCAGGGGAUGGAGCCAUUCUGGGAAGAGCAUGUAGGUUUCAAGUACCCUCCCUGGCAUCUCCAAGAUAGGGCUGAGAUAUUCCUGCCCACAACCUUGGAGAAGCCGCUGCCAGUCUGUGUAGACAAUCCUGAGCUAGAUGGACCUAUGGUUUGACUCAGUAUAUGGCAGCUUCCUAUGUUCCUAUGAAUAAGUAACUCAAACAAAAAGGAUCAAUUUUGAAUAUUCAACCAACAGAAAGAUUCAACAACAAACACCCUUGUGUGAAAAAGUAUGUGAACCCGUCAUUCAGUAACUGGUGGUAUCUCCUUGAGCAGCAAUAACGACAACUAAACAUUUCCUGUAACUGUUUUUCAGUCUCUCACAUCGGGUUGGAGAAACCUUGGCCCAUUCUUCCAUACAAAACUGUUUUACCUCUUUGACAUUUGAUGGCUUUCUUGCACAAAUAGCUUGCUACAGGUCACAUUUCAAUAGAGUUUAGGUCGGGAAUUUGACUUGGCCACACCAAAACAUGAAAUCUCCUCUUCUUCUUCAGCCCUUCUGUGGUAGACUUACUUGAACGUUUGGGGUCAUUGUGUUGCUGCAUGGCCCCAUUUCCGCUCAGCUUCAGCUCUCGGACAGAUGGCUUCACCUCCUCUAGAAUUUUCUGAUAUGCAGCUGAAUUCAUGGUUCCAUCAAUGAUAGAACACACAGGAUGGGAAAGCACCAUGCCAACAAGAAGGAAGGAAGGAAACGGGUAUUGUCCAAUAUGUAAAAAAUAAAUACAAUUUAUUAAAGAGUAGAUCCCAAUGCAUUUCGAAUAAAACGCUUCUUAAUGGGACUACAACAUGUAAAAUAGAAAUAAUUAUAAAAAGAACUAUUAAAAACAAGUUAAAAACAAGCCAUAAUUAUGAUCUUAUAUUAAAAAAAGGAAUAAGAUAAACUUCAAAUGGAAAUAAACUAACAAAACAGUAUAGCAAAGAUAUAUAAACUGUCUGAACUGAGGUUAUGAUAAAUUGCUUCUUGCAAACAAAACUAACAAAUUCAAACAAAGAUAUUUAAACUAAAUCACAGAUUAUAAUAAAUAGCUUCUCACAUACAAACUAGUAGGUUUUAAUAAUAUAACAAAAAUCCUCAAACUAAAUAAACCAAGAUGAACACAACACAUGGGGUGACUAGCUCACAGUCUUUAUUAAUCAUAAACUAUUUAUUAUAAUCUGGUCAAUUAUAACCUUGUAUUAUAAGUUCAUAAUUAUGGCUUGUUUUUAUCUGCUUUUCAGUAGUUCUUUUUAGAAUUAUUUCUUCAUUCUAUUUUACAUGUUAUAGUCCCCUGAAGAAGAGUUUUAGUCAAAACAUGUCAGGAUCUAUUAUUUAAUAAACUGUAUUGCACCAUUCCCAUUUCCUUCCUCCUUUCCAUCAAUGAUGGCAAGCUGUCCAAGUCUUGAUGCAGCAAAACAGCUGCAAACCAGGAUACCUCCACUACCAUGCUUGACAGUCAGGAUGAGGCUCUUACUUUAGAAGGCAGUGUUUGUUUUUUGCCCAGCAAAACUUUUGUAAUUGCAUCCAAAAAGCUCAAUCCAAUUCAUCUGUCCAGAGAAUAUUAUUCCAGAAGCUUUUUGUUUAUCCAGAUGCUCCUUGGUGAAUCUGAGCCAGGCCGCAAAGUUAUUUUUAGAGAGCCAUGGUUUCUUCCUAGUAUCCUCCCAUGAACACCAUUCCCAUUCAGUUUUUCCUGAUAUCUAACACAUGAACGCUCACGUCAGCCGCAGCAAGAGAGACCUGCAGAUCUUUAGAUGUUAGUCUGGGGUUCUUUGUUAAUUCGUAGAUGAUUUUCUGGGUUUCUCUCGGGAUAAUCUUGGCAGGAUGACCACGCUUUGGUACUGUCACUGUAGUUUUCAAAUUUUCCAUAUGUAGACUAUCUGACAGUGGAUGGAUAGAGACCCAAAUGCUUAGAAAUUGCCUUGUAACCCUGUCCAGACCGAUGAACAUCAACCACUCUUUUUCAUAGGUCCUCUGGUAUUUAUUUUGAUAGUGCCGUGAUGAGUUCUCACUUACUUUCAUGGCAUAGACCUAACUUGGGACUUUUAGGACCUUUAUAUAGGAACUUCCCUCUGCAGGGUGGUUUACCCAAUUAGUUUGGCACCUGAUUAGCCCAUUAAUUGUGCUAAGGACACUAAGGGUUCAUUUACUAUCUCACACACUGUUCCUGAAUUCAUAUAAUUGUUCCCACAUUAUACAUUGUUGUGUCUUAAGAAACACAGCAUUGUUUAAUUCAUGCCCUUUUAUUGUAUUAGGAAAGACUGGUUUCAGUUACACACAGGUACCAUAGUAAGGCCUUAUAGUAUGAUUCUCAUUAUUCUGCUUGGGGUUCACAAAAUUUUUCUCAGCAUUGUAAGUUCCUUAACCACAACAUUGCAAAGAAAUGCUAGGUAGUGGUGAACCUCGGGUGUUGCUGAUUAAGGUGUCUAGAAAUCAGAGUCAGACUGGUACCCUGUUUAGCUCUUUGUCCCUCCCCAAGACUAGCAGAAGAAUAAAUUAUGCAAAAAAAAGAGAUAGAGAAUGCAGCCUCAUAAUAUAUGUGAAUUACAGAAUUAAUUCUGUUGUUGUAGAAUUUGGGUUACCAGUGCAGGUUUGUUUUUUUUUUUUAAGGAAGAUAACACAGUCUAAGGCAUACUAUUCCAUAAUUAAGACGGUUUGGGCUCAAAGAUUUAGAACAUCAUAGAAAGUAUGCUAGCUGAGGCCUCAUGGAAAUAUCACUUGCUGGCAGUGAUACUUUGAGGACCAAGCUGCAUGCUAUCACCACAUAUGAUAUCAAUUAUGUUUGGGUUUGCAGCUUUGUAUGGAGUUUACACCUCAUUUCCUCUGUAAUAGGAAUUUGCAUUGUUCUGUGCCAAUCUUUUUUCUUUUUUUAAGGCUUUGAUUCCAUUAAGUUCUAAUGUACAAUUACAGCAUUUGAUUUUCUAUUGUAUAAUUUAUUUCAAUUGUUAACAUUGUUUAUUUUUAUUUUAUUUUAUAGAUGUGCAUUUGCACUGCUAAUUUUUAUAUUUUUUUAAUACUACGUCAGACCCUUUUUUUAAUUUGGGCCAUGUAGUCCAGUUAAUGCUGUGAAAUAUUGUUUGUCAAAUGUUUUGUGGAUUUAAAAAAAAAAUCUAAUAUUUUAUUUUCGUUUAACAUCUCUUGCAAUGCUGCUUUAUUUAUUAUUUUACCCUGGUUCUUUAAACACGUGUGUUCUUGUAGUCCCUUUGAUUUUUAUUGGAACUUUAUACAUGGAAGCACUAGUAGGUUGAGGCCCAGGUCCUUAAAAAGCCCCAAAUGAUUAUGAUAGAAAAGACAAAUGAAAAUGUACAGGUGGCCCUCGUUAUCUGCUGUCACGGCACCCGUAUCUGUGGACGAGUCUUAAAGACCCGGCUUCUUUAUCUGCGGUACAAAAACAGGCUAAAAUUUGUCUAUUCAUGUUUGCCGAGUGGCCAGAAAGCACUUCCAGUGUCACUUCCAGCCACCAUUUUACAGCACAGACCAUUUUGAAGCUCUUUUUUAAAAUAUUCAGCAAAAAUUUGGCCAGUUAGGGGAUUUUCAAGGGCUUCUGGAGCCCUGGAGAGCAAGGUACUGUGCUAUUUUUCCCUUCUCAUUUUUUGUUGUGUUUCUGUUUUGGCUUUUUUUUUUUUUUGGUUAGGAAUCUAACCCCUAGAUUCCCAUAAGGGUAUGGUUUCUUUAUUCGUGGUUUCCAUACUUGCGGUCAUAGGAGAGAAUGGAACCAGUACGAAUAAAGAGGGCCACCUGUAUUGUGGAAAGAAGCAGAAAUGCUGAGCUCAUACUGAGCUCAUAAAUAAUCUACAUUUCAUUUCUAUUUCUAACAUCUCGAUCCUAAAGAUGAGUUUGCUCCACAGCACAAAGCGUGGUUUGUUGCAAUGUAGCUACAAUAGACCCUUGUGCAGGACCAAUGUGAGUUUGUCCUACAACAUUGCCUGUAAAUUGAUGCCACUGGCACAAGGGCAGCUGAAAUGCUUCCAUGUUGGUGCACAAGUGACUCCUGCUCCUCGCCCUGGAUGUGUUCUUAGUAGCAAGCUACCCUCACAAGUGCAAUGGGGCUUACUUUCAAGUAAGUGUGCAUCGGUCUACCAAAUUACUGAAGAAAUAUUCUAGUUGUUAUCCAACUUCUCAGAAAUGGUUUUGUUUUAUAAUUUUUCCUUUGCUUUGUAAUUAAGCAGAAUUGAAAAAGUGUUUUGUAGACUGGGAGCAUAUUUCCUGAACCUUUUGCCAAAAACUGGAGAAUGUAGUUAACCAGUGAGCAAGGGUAUUGCGAUUAGCUUGCUAAGGUUGCCACUUGGCCUGUUUUCAGUUCAGCUUCUUCUUUACAAAAGAUUAUAAAUUGUGUCAGGAUUUUUUUUUUAGUUCAGCCUCAAAUAGUUAUUAAAUCUGUAUACAAUUAAAUAUUAAUAUGUAUAAAAGUAAGGAUCAUCUCCACCCUCCCUCCAAGAGGUAGUAGCUUAUUGCUUACAUGCACAUCAGCAGUCUCAUGAAGUAGAUGAAAGAAUGAUAAAUGGGGUUCAAAUUUGGCCUUAACACUCCUUCACUUUAAGUACAUUGUUGAUUGCUCUCAUGUCUGUUUUGUUGUAGAAACAACAAUGUAAUCAGGAUUUUGUGUCAGCUGUACUUGUGUGUGUGUGUGUGCGUGCGUGCCACAGAAUCUUUUAAAGCCCCACUCGGCUCUUGGGUGUCAGCUAACUUCUUAUAUUCAAAUGAGGCAAUCUCUAGGCUUUGGAUCCAAAGAUCCCAUUGUGCAAAAGGAGUAUCACUGAUUUUCCCAAUCUGCAGCACCCCCAGCCACAUUAAAAAUUGAUCCAGAGAGUCUGGGAUCUUCCAGAGUGAUUCUGGUUUGCAGAGGGAGAAGUGUGAGGUGAUGUGUGGUGUGGGUGUGUAUGCCUGCCUUCCACUCUCACAGCAGGAUCUCUGGAUCCAAGCCCAUGUUAUCUGCUUCAGGCUUCUGAAUAAGAGGGGGGAAAGCAGGGUAUUUUACAAACAGAACUCCCCCCCCCCCAACACACUCUUUUAAAUGGCAGCCAAGUCUGGUAUUUUAAAAAAGAAGCUCCUCUUGACCAAAUUAAUGCCUUUCUUGCCUGUGUAACAAUUAGCUUAGCGACAGUCAAUCAGGAAGUACCAUGGACACUGAUCUCGAGCACUGUUGCUCGGCACAGAUUACUAGACGCAUGGUUCAAUAUUGGUUAGUCUAAUUUUAAUGUGUCAAUAUUUGAGUGUUCACAGCACUCUAGAAAAUGGUGGUAUUAGCCAUUGGUAACAUUCCCCUCAUCAUGAUCAUUAUGCUAGUACUAUACUGCUGAAUAAAAUUCAGUAACAAUUUAGUCAAAUUUACAGUCCAUUUUCAAACUUAAAACAGAUAUUCUUUUGCAUGCCUUUUCAUCUUACUACAGUAGGAAUUACAAUUCCUGCCUUUCAGUUCCAUAGUUUCUCUCAUAAUUUUUUUUAACUUCACAUACUGUGGUGAAUGGAUCCAAAUGUGUAUAUGAAUGUAUUUUAACUGUUUUCAAUAGCUUAAGCAGUUUAGGAACCUACUGAUAGGGAAUUGAGAAGAUCUAAUCAUUUUGCUAAGUCCAAGUCUCCCACCCCAAGAACUCUAUCUAGCUCCAAGGAGCUAGUCUGCAUUUAUUGCAUAGGCCUCCGAGCAAGAACUAACCAGUUCUUGCUCAGAGGAAAAUAGUAAUUUUUGUGGUCUGGCAUUAUUAGCAAUGGGAAAAUAUUAUGUUUACACUUACAAACAAAAAACUCCUGUAAGUGCUCUUUUUUUCUUUUUUCUUUUAAUAGUUGAACAAACCACGAAAAGCAGUCUAGGGACAAGCAGUUCUUUAAAUGCAUUUGCAAUUGCAUUAUUUGCCUUGUUAAAGAUGUUUGCUAUUAAAAAAAAUCUGUUUGUUGUGAUCUUACGAAAUAAUAAAAUAAAACUGCAGCCUCAGUACCUUGGACAUUUAGGGGGGAAAUGCUUCUCUGCACUAAAUUAGCUUAGGAGCUCCAGAUGCCCAGAGCUAGCCAUUAUAUUAUUCAUACAAGACUGGGCUGUAAUCACAGCAGUAAAAGCGCAAUUCUGAAAUUCCAGGAUGCUUUCACAUGUUUGCAUGCAGCCAUAUAUUCUUCCAAACCAUGGAGAGAAAGUCUUGUUGCUGGCUGAGAAGCACCUCACACACUCCUCUCUCUCUUAUUCUGAAUGGUCUUGUUUGUGUCAGUCUGCAGCUGUGUAUGGUUUUAUGUCUUAUAAUCUUUCAUCACCUCUAUUCUAUCCAGUCAUAUCUAAUGUAGAAAAUUAGUUUCCAGUGAAAGUAAUAUGUAGUGCUUUUAUGAUAUUUGUGUGCAAUAUCCCCUCUUCCGUUGAGGAUAUUUGAUGUAAAGGAAACAAGCUCAGUUCCACAAUAAAAUACAAAAAUAGUUGAA